UACGUUACAUCACAUCAUGGGCAAACUAUGCAGUGUUGACCAAAUUUCGACUAUGACAGUAAAAGUCGUGUAGAGCAGUUCAAAGAAAGUGAAUGCAAAGCGGGUUAUUGAAUGCAAAUGAGUGAUGCGGGAGUGAUGGGGGUUGAGUGAGGUAGUGAUAAACUUGUUAUCAGAGAGAUCCUGCAAGAGUGAUGACAAUCCUGAGCAAACAGAGGUACCAGCUGAUAAGAGACUUGAACUGUGAAGUACUACAUCCUUGGACCUCCAGUUGUGCUUAUAAUGCUUUGGGAACGUUCUUACAAAGCGUAAAAGGUAGCACCAAAUUCUUCUUGCUAAUUUAUUUGCUUCAGAAUCUGCCGAAGAAGCAGAGCUACCAGAAGCAUGUGCUGCUACAACAACUGGUAAACUUCUGCAAGUCCUGUCUAUUUGGAGGAUUUGCUGGAGGAACUUCAGUAGCAUGUAUGUGCUUUCUCAGAUGGAUUCUAGGAAGAUACACUCCGUAUACUUUAGGACUGAUACCAGGCUUCAUAGGAGGAGCUGGAAUAUUUAUUGAAGAUAAUUCAAGAAGAGAAACUAACCUGACACUUUUCAUUGCCAUGGUUUCUGAUCUCUACCUAAAGGUGUUUAAGGAUGAGAAGGUACUUGAAAUGACUUUGACCAAAGAGAUUCUUUUGUUUACGACGUGCAGUUCCCUCUUGCUGUACUGCCUGAGAGCUUUUAAAGACUCAUACACGGUACUAUGGCCGUUCACACCUCACAAGCUCCCUAACAACCCAGAGAGAAGAAAACAAUGUCCACACUCUGGCGAAUGUUUAGAGGAUAUCAAAAAGACUGCUGUGACAUUUGUAUGUUAUGGUGCAGCUCUCCAAUGCUUCAAAGUCCUGACAUUGAACUUUCUUAAGUUAUUUUACAAACCAAGUUCUUUUUUCAAAGCUUUCUUUAAAUUGGAUAAUUUGAGGCUUCCGUUUUUCGCUGGACUUUAUGUAUCUUUGUUUAAGGGGGUAAGCUGUGCUCUAGUCCAGACGACGGGCAGAGAUGAAGCCUGGCACGCACUGCCAGCUGGAGUAGUUGCAUCCCUGUGCUAUCUGAUCCAACCUAACCUAUCUCUGGCACUGUUUGCGCUCAGUAACCUCUCCCAGAUAUUAUGUAAAGAGUUACGGAGGAGGUGGGACCUACCACGUUGGUAUUACAAAGAGAUAGCCUUCAUGGUGUGUAUGGGACUGCUGUACCACGCGAGGGCUGUGUUUCCACACUGCUUCCCCCCGUACAUGUUUAACAUCAUGGACACGGUCACUGUGGGCAGGGCUGAAAUUGUAUAUGGACUGGUGGAGAAGCAUUUGCUUAUAAGAACUGUUUAAGUGAAUACAAAGACAAAGACAAUUUGAGUUUGGUCGCAAGCAUGACAUAAUCUUGCCUCAGAAGAUGAAAAAAUUGUAAAAAUAAUUUAUAAAUAGGUUUUGUAAUUUAUUAAAUGUAGUUAUU